AUGGCGGACGUGGAUCACGGCUCCGAGCCGAAUCAUCAUGCCGACUCGCCCGACCCCGAGAAGGCCCCCGUUGAUGCCUCCGCCGAAGCUCCCCCGGUUUUGCCAGACGACAAGCCAGUCUUGACCGAACAGACAGAAUGGCAGGAGGUAAUGGAAGAGGCUGUGGAGAAACAGGAAGAACAGGCUUCGCCCAAUAUCGAAGGAGAGAAUGAAAACAAGCCCGAGGUCCCGCCAAAAGACGAUGGGGAGCCAACCCGCGACGAGCACGAACAACAAAAGGCAGGUGCUCCACCUACUAUCCAGGAACCGGAGCGUACAGAAGACACUGGGCAAGAGAGUCGAAUGCGAUCCGACUCGCGAUCCACGACGGCCACCUUCACUACGCAACGGUCCGGCGCAGUUAGCUCGACUGUUUUUAUCGUGACCGCACUCGAUACCAUUGGGGCCUCGCGGGAGGCGCGGAAGAGUAAAGAGCUGGAAGAUGCGGUACAAGUGGCGCUUUCAAAUGUCAGGUCUACGGACGGGCAACCGAUUGACCCUGAGCUCAUCUUUCGCCCCCUACACCUGGCCAGCAAGACUCUCAGUGUUCCGCUUCAGGUGACCGCGUUGGACUGUAUUGGCAAAUUGAUUACAUACUCAUAUUUUGCCUUCCCAUCCGCCGAGUCAGCAAACGAAGCGACCCCCGAAAAGCCGCCGUUAAUCGAGCGUGCCAUCGAUGCGAUUUGCGAUUGUUUUGAGAACGAAGCCACCCCCAAUGAAAUCCAGCAGCAGAUCAUCAAAUCCCUGCUGGCAGCAGUGUUAAAUGACCGGGUCGUGGUGCAUGGAGCUGGCCUCCUGAAAGCCGUUCGCCAGAUCUACAAUAUCUUCAUAUACUCUAAGUCGAGCCAGAACCAGCAGAUUGCCCAGGGCUCCCUCACCCAGAUGGUGAGCACGGUGUUUGACCGCGUUCGGGUUCGGCUGGACCUCAAAGAACUUCGGACUCGUGAAGUUGAGAAACCUGGCUCUGGUCUGGAUGCAUCUGCCAGUGAUGUGGGUCAAAUGUCGGAGGCUGCCUCUGUGUCUGUCGCCGAUCAGCCAGUUACCAAGGAGCCCAACAGUGAAAAGCUCACCCUGCAAAGCUUUGAGUCCCCUAAGGAGGUUACAGCUGUCAAUGACAAUGUGCCGACCACUGUUACUCGGGCCAAGUUAUCGCGCAACACUCGCUCAAUGUCCGGCAUCCCGGAAGAGAGGGACGAUGACAGCUCAGCUGAGGAUGAGGUGGAUGAGAUUUACGUCAAGGACUCAUUCUUGGUCUUCCGGGCUCUUUGCAAGCUGAGCCACAAGGUUCUCGGCCAUGAUCAGCAGCAGGAUAUUAAAUCUCAAAACAUGCGGUCUAAAGUGCUGUCGCUGCACCUCAUUCACUAUCUCAUCAAUAACCACAUCAACACCUUCACUUCUCCGCUCGCAGCGAUCAAGAAUAGCUCGACCAGCACCGAGGCAAUGACACUUCUUCAGGCCGUGCGACCUCAUCUCUGUCUGAGUUUGAGUCGCAAUGGCUCGAGCGCAGUGCCUCAAGUAUUCAAGGUCUGCUGUGAGAUCUUUUGGCUGAUGCUCAAGGACAUGCGAGUUAUGAUGAAGAAAGAGCUGGAAGUUUUUAUGAAGGAGAUAUACCUCGCAAUUCUCGAAAAGCGAGCUGCCCCCCUCGUUCCAGAAGCACAGGCUUUGGAGUCACUCGUGGAGGUUUUACGCUCCUUGGACAACUGGGGUGCACAGCGUGACGACCAGCCUAUGCAGCCAGCGGAUCCAUCUAAGUCAAUGGACAACUCGCGCGAGUCUCUGGAUACCAAUAUCAUUGCCUCGCCGCGUUCAGAAGCCCUGGAUACGGGCCGGUCCACUCCUCUUCCUGAUGAUGAUCCCAACCAGAUGGAAAAGGUCAAACAGCGGAAAAUUGCCCUGAUGAACGCCACUCAGCAGUUCAACUUCAAGCCCAAGCGUGGUAUCAAGCUCUUCCUUCAGGAGGGAUUUAUCCGAUCGGAUGCUCCUGACGAUAUUGCUGCCUUCUUACUGCGUAAUGAUCGUCUAGACAAGGCCAUGCUUGGUGAAUACCUGGGUGAGGGUGAGCCUGAGAAUAUCGCCAUCAUGCACUCCUUUGUAGAUGCUAUGGACUUCACCAAGCGACGCUUCGUUGAAUCUCUUCGCUCAUUCCUGCAGCACUUCCGACUGCCCGGAGAAGCUCAAAAGAUCGAUCGGUUCAUGCUCAAGUUUGCAGAGCGAUACACAACUCAGAAUCCCAAUGCCUUCGCCAAUGCGGAUACCGCCUACGUCCUUGCGUAUUCAGUAAUUAUGCUGAAUACUGAUCAGCACAGUGCUAAGAUCAAGGGUCCUCGCAUGACCAAGGAAGAUUUCAUCAAGAACAACCGUGGUAUCAACGAUAGUCAGGAUCUGCCAUCCGAGUACCUUGUGUCCAUAUUCGAUGAAAUCGCAAACAACGAGAUCGUCUUGGACACGGAGCGGGAACAUGCUGCGAAUAUUGGUCUUCAACCCUCCACCUCCACCGGACUGGCUACUCGUGCCGGACAAGUGUUUGCGACCGUUGGUCGUGACAUUCAGGGUGAGAAGUACGCCCAGGCAUCCGAAGAAAUGGCCAACAAGACGGAGCAACUCUACCGCUCUCUUAUUCGGGCCCAGCGCAAGACGGCAGUUCGCGAUGCUCUCUCCCGUUUCAUUCCUGCCACCUCCGUCCGGCACGUUGGCUCGAUGUUCAAUGUUACUUGGAUGUCCUUCUUGUCAGGAUUGUCUGCUCCAAUGCGAGACACACAAAAUAUCGAGACUAUUCGACUUUGCAUGGAGGGCUUGAAGUUAUCGAUUCGCAUCAGCUGUGCAUUUGAUUUGGAGACUCCCCGGGUCGCAUUCGUUACGGCCCUUGCCAAAUUCACAAAUCUUGGAAACGUCCGGGAAAUGCAGACCAAGAACUUUGAGGCUCUGAAGUCGCUGCUUGAUGUUGCGCUCACUGAGGGUAAUCAUCUUCGCACCUCAUGGCGUGAGAUCUUGACUUGUGUCAGCCAGCUUGACCGUUUGCAGCUUUUGAGCGACGGCGUUGAUGAAGGCUCGCUGCCCGAUGUCUCACGCGCUCCCUCGACACUUGAUUCCCCUCGAAAGUCCAUGCAAAGCACCCGCCGAUCUCGCCCUCGCUCGGUGAAUGGCCCGACGGCCUUCCGUGCAGAAGUUGCCCAGGAAAGCCGGUCCGCCGAUAUGGUUCGAGGUGUGGAUCGGAUCUUCACCAAUACUGCAAACUUGUCGCAUGAGGCCAUUAUUGACUUUGUGCGGGCACUGAGCGAAGUCAGCUGGCAGGAGAUUCAGUCCUCUGGACACAGUGACUCUUCGCGGACGUAUAGUCUGCAGAAGUUGGUCGAAAUAAGUUACUACAACAUGACUCGUGUCCGUAUCGAGUGGUCGAAGAUCUGGGAGGUCCUGGGUCAGCACUUCAACCAGGUUGGCUGUCACUCCAACACUACCGUGGUGUUCUUUGCCUUGGACUCGCUCCGACAGCUGUCCAUGCGUUUCAUGGAGAUUGGUGAAUUGCCCGGCUUCAAAUUCCAAAAAGACUUCCUUAAGCCAUUCGAGCACGUCAUGGCGAACAGUACCACUGCUGCUGUCAAGGACAUGAUUCUUCGUUGUCUCAUUCAGAUGGUCCAGGCUCGCGGUGACAACAUUCGAUCUGGAUGGAAGACCAUGUUUGGUGUCUUCACGGUGGCAGCUCGGGAGCCGUAUGAGGGCAUCGUGAACAUGGCGUUCGACCAUGUCACAAAAAUCUAUAACGAGCGAUUUGGUGUCGUGAUCACCCAGGGUGCUUUUGCUGAUCUCAUUGUCUGUCUGACCGAGUUCUCCAAGAACUCCAAAUUCCAGAAGAAGUCUUUGCAGGCCAUUGAGCUCCUUAAGUCAACCGUCACUAAGAUGCUGCGCACUCCAGAAUGCCCGCUCUCCCACCGGGGCGAUUCUGCGCCCAAGCUUCCUGAAGAAGGAACAAAUCUGGCGAAGCAACUCACCCGCCAGUCAAAGGAGGAGCAAUUCUGGUAUCCGAUUCUUAUCGCUUUCCAAGAUGUGCUGAUGACUGGUGAUGAUUUGGAAGUUCGGUCUCGGGCCCUCACAUACCUCUUCGACACCCUGAUCCGCCAUGGUGGGGACUUCCCGCGAGACUUUUGGGAUGUACUUUGGCGUCAAUUGCUCUGCCCCAUCUUUGUGGUUCUGCAGUCCAAGUCCGAAAUGUCCAAGGUCCCAAAUCAUGAGGAUCUUUCGGUCUGGCUGUCGACCACCAUGAUUCAGGCUUUGCGGAACAUGAUCACCCUUUUUACCCACUACUUCGAUGCACUGGAGUACAUGCUGGGCCGCUUCCUGGAGCUGCUUACUCUCUGCAUCUGCCAGGAGAACGACACAAUCGCACGGAUCGGUAGCAACUGCUUGCAGCAGCUGAUCUUGCAGAAUGUCUCUAAGUUCCGUGAGGAGCACUGGACCCAGAUUGUCGGAGCCUUUGUGGAGCUCUUCAGCAGGACCACGGCGUACGAACUAUUCACGGCAGCCGCCUCGGUCAACAAGUUGACCGACGCCGUGUCUACCAAUGGGGAUAUCGCCCAGGCUUCUGAAGCUGCCACCGAAAUCUCAGCCGAGUUGCCUGAGGCCUUGCAGCCCAAUGGAUCGCACAGCACCACCACACUCGCGGACGGCGGUGACCCGCCAGCACAGAGUGAAGCCCGUGCGGAGCUCGAGGACUACCGUCCCCAGGCCGAUGCUCAGCAACAGCCCGCUGCAGUCACAGUGGCCCGACGUCGGUUCUUCAAUCGCAUCAUCACCAACUGCGUUCUGCAACUUUUGAUGAUCGAGACUGUCCAUGAACUUUUCUCCAAUGACAACGUUUAUGCGCAGAUUCCUAGUCACGAGCUCCUGCGCCUGAUGGGACUUUUGAAGAAGAGCUAUCAGUUUGCUAAGAAAUUCAACGAAGACAAGGACCUGCGCAUGCAGCUGUGGCGCCAGGGCUUCAUGAAGCAGCCUCCUAACCUGCUCAAGCAGGAGAGCGGCAGUGCUGCCACCUACGUGCACAUUCUCUUCCGCAUGUACCACGAUGAGCGAGAAGAGCGACAGAGCAGCCGUGCCGAAACUGAGGCAGCUCUCAUUCCCCUCUGUGCGGAUAUCAUUCGCAGCUUUGUCCGUCUCGACGAGGAGACCCAGAACCGCAACAUUGUGGCCUGGCGACCGGUCGUAGUGGAUGUUAUCGACGGAUAUAACAACUUCCCCGAGAACGGCUUCGACAAACACAUCGAGACUUUCUACCCAUUGGGGGUGGAGCUUCUCAGCCGCGACCUCAACCCGGAGAUCCGCGUUGCACUGCAGUCUCUGCUGCGUCGUAUCGGCGAAGUCCGCCUAGGUGUCUCUUCGCCCAACCCGCUGGAUGCUCCGAUCAGCCCGCGGAGUUCCGUAUCGCAAAAGGGGUCGCGCCGCGAUAGCCAGCUUUCAUCUUGA